CGCGGCACGCUCGAGAUACCGCGCGAGCGGUAUACAUCUCCUCCCGGCCAACAACAGGUUGUGUUGGUUCGGAAGCAAUCACGGCCGUAUGCAAUGGAAGCUCAGUUUAUGAAUUAAUUGGUACGGCGUUGGCAUGAUGAGGAAGCCUGUCGUUGAAUCAAACGAGGAAGGAGGACGGGAAAGGGCGUCGGUGGUGGGAUCGAUCAUCAAUGAAGAUGCUCGCCCCCUGUUCAUGUGUUGUUUAGGCGUCGGCGUUUCCUUUUGCUGUUGCUGUGGUGUGGCCUCACUGCCGUGCCGUUCGUCCGAGGAGAAGAGAGGCCCGGCGUUUCCUUUUGCUGUUGCGUCCGAGGAGAAGAGAGGCCCGAGGGUGGGGAGGAGAACACCUAAAUUUAGUCAGGCGAUGCGUGGUAGCUGGCUGGCAGAUCUGGUCGGUCGAUCCAUCCAUCCAUGGGCUUAGCCUCCUGCUUCUCCCGACUCCUCUGCUCCUCCUGCUGCAGCACCUCCUCUUCCAACCCCAAUCCCAAUCCCUGCCCCCGCCCCCGCAUCCAGGACAUGGACCCUCCACCUCCUCCUCCGCAGGAGCAGCAGCAGCAGCAGCAGCCUCCUCAUGGUCAUGGCGGCGGAGGGAUGCCGUACCCCGACGUUGACUGCAGGCUCCGCGCUCUCGCCGGCCGCGCCGAGGGCUUCGGCCGCCAUGCCAUCGGAGGCCUCCACGGGGCCAUCUACCAUGUCACAUCCCUGCAAGAUGACGGGUGCGGGAGCCUCAGGGAGGCGUGCCGCAUGGAGGAGCCCCUUUGGAUCGUCUUCGAGGUCUCCGGCACCAUCCACCUCCGCUCCUACCUCCGCGUCUCCUCCUACAAGACCAUCGACGGCCGCGGCCAGCGCGUGGUGCUCACCGGCAAGGGACUCCAGCUCAGGGACUGCCACCACGUCAUCGUCUGUAACCUGCUCUUCGAGGGCGGACGCGGCCACGACGUGGACGCCAUCCAGAUCAAGCCCAGCUCCACCAACAUCUGGAUUGACCGAUGCACGCUCGCCGACUACGACGACGGGCUUAUCGACAUCACGCGACAGAGCGCAGACGUCACAGUCUCCAGAUGCCACUUUGCGCGGCACGACAAGACGAUGCUCAUCGGCGCCGACCCCACGCACGUCGGCGACCGCUGCAUCAGGGUCACCAUCCACCACUGCUUCUUCGACGGCACGCGCCAGAGGCACCCGCGCCUGCGCUUCGGCAAGGUCCACCUCUACAACAACUACACCAGGGAUUGGGGAAUCUACGCCGUCUGCGCAAGCGUCGAGGCCCAGAUUGUGUCCCAGUGCAACAUCUACGAGGCAGGAAUCCAAAAGAAGACGGUGUUCAAGUACAUGCCGGAGAAGGCCGGCGACCGAGACGACGUGGUGGCCGGAUGGAUCAGGUCGGAAGGGGACGCCUUUCUCAACGGCGCGCUGCCCUGCUUGAUCGACGGCCCAGGGGUAGAAGGCGUCUUCAGGCCACAGGACUACUACCAGCAAUGGACCAUGGAGCCAGCGUCGCCGGCGCUCAAGGAGCUCCUGCAGCUCUGCGCUGGAUGGCAACCCGUGCCAAGGCCCCCCGACGAUUGCUGCUAACAUUAGCUGAUGAUGAUGCACGCGGCUCUUUCUUACUGUCUUCUGCUAGAUUGGAGUCUACAGCAGCCCAUCAUCUGCAUUUGUAUCCUCCCGUGCAUAGCAAAUAUUCCUACCCUGUUGGACUCCGUACCGAUGGAUUCCUACUCCUACCCUGUUGUGAUGAUGUUGGCCAAACUCAUGAUCAUACAAUUCUGAUCCGAAGUUAGACACGCUAAUCCACUA